CAUAAACAGCUCGUCAACCACCUCGGUAGCUUGCUAGCCAACAUAGCCGAAAGAUUCAAGCUAUUUAGACGCUUUCGGUGUAUAUUAGCUACUGUGUUUUAGACACACUUAGGUCGUAUCUACUUGUUAACCUAUUUAAUAUUACGUUAUUUUGUAUCAGUCAGCUAUAGGAGCUGGCUGGUCCAAUUAGCACUAGCCUAGUCGCUAAUGAUAGCUAGCUAGCUAACGUCCCCGACCAUGAGCUCCCUAAACAUCACCUCUCCUGUUAAAGAAGAGGUGAUCUGCUGGACGGAGAAAGAAGCUCUUGUGAAAGAGGAGAAGGAAGAAGACAAUAUCACAGUAAAACAAGAAGUAGAGGGUGAGGCUGUUACAGUGACAGAAGAGAAAGACGUUACAGUGAAAGAUGCGUUCAGAGUGAAAGAGGAGGAUUUUACUGUGAAAGAAGAGGAGGAUGUAGUUUUUCGUGUGAAAGAAGAGGAGGUUGGAGAUCUGUUUAACACCAGAGAGAGACGGGACUACCGUGGGUCCUCUGGGGAGCCUCAACAACCUCAUGAUGCUGACGAGGCAGAGAAGAGUCUCUCCAGAUCAGAACACAUCAAGAAACACCAGCGGAGAUCCACAGGGAAGAAACCUCACUGCUGCUCUGACUGUGGGAAGAGAUUCACCUCCUUAGCAGGCAUUAAAAUUCAUCAGAAAAUCCACACAGUAGAGAAACCUUAUAGCUGUCAAUGUGGGAAGAGUUUUACUCAUUCAACCAGACUGAUAUCACACCAGAGAACACACACAGGAGAGAAAUCGUAUAGCUGUGAUCAAUGUGGGAAGAGUUUUGUUACAUCUGGCCAUCUGAAAAUACACCAGAGAACACACACAGGGGAGAAACCGUUUAGCUGUACUCAAUGUGGUAAGAGUUUUACUCAGCUAAGCAACCUUAUAUCACACCAGAGAACACACACAGGAGAUAAACCAUAUAGCUGUGGUCAAUGUGGGAAGAGUUUUGGUCAAUCUAGCACUCUGACUCUACACCAAAGAAUACACACAGGAGAGAAAUCUUAUAGCUGUACUCAAUGUGGUAAGAGUUUUACUCAGCUAAGCAGCCUGAUAUCACACCAGAGAACACACACAGGAGAGAAGCCAUAUAGCUGUAAUGAAUGUCGGAAGAGUUUUAUUCACCUAAGCAGCUUGAUGUCACACAAGAGAACACACACAAGAGAGAAAUCUUAUAGCUGUACUCAAUGUGGGAAGAGUUUUGAUACGUCUAGCCAUCUUAUUGUACACCAGAGAAUACACACAGGAGAGAAACCUUAUAGCUGUGGUCAAUGUGGGAAGAGUUUUGGUCAAUCUAGCACUCUGACUCUACACCAGAGAAUACACACAGGAGAGAAAUCGUAUAGCUGUGGUCAAUGUGGGAAGAGUUUUACUACAUCUGCCCAACUGACUCUACACCAGAGAACACACACAGGAGAGAAACCUUAUAGCUGUGAUCAAUGUGGGAAGAGUUUUACUACAUCUGCCCAACUGACUCUACACCAGAGAACACACACAGGAGAGAAACCUUAUAGCUGUGAUCAAUGUGGGAAGAGUUUUGCUGCAUCUAGCACUCUGACUCUACACCAGAGAAUACACACAGGAGAGAAAUCUUAUAGCUGUGAUCAAUGUGGAAAGAGUUUUGGUCGAUCUGGCCAGCUGACAUCACACCAGAGAAUACACACAGGAGAGAAACCUUAUAGCUGUGAUCAAUGUGGAAAGAGUUUUGGUCGAUCUGGCCAGCUGACAUCACACCAGAGAAUACACACAGGAGAUAAAUCUUAUACCUGUGGUCAAUGUGGGAAGAGUUUUACUACAUCUAGCAUUCUGACUGUACACCAGAGAACACACACAGGAGAUAAACCUUAUACUUGUGGUCAAUGUGGGAAGAGUUUUACUACAUCUGGCUCUCUGACUGUACACCAGAGAAUACACACGGGAGAGAAACCUCAUAGCUGUGAUCAAUGUGGGAAGAGUUUUGAUCAAUCUUGCCAUCUGAUUCAACACCAGAGAACACACACAGGAGAGAAACCUUAUAGCUGUGAUCAAUGUGGGAAGAGUUUUAGUCAAUCUGGACAGCUGACAGUGCACCAGAGAACACACACAGGAGAGAAGCCUUACAGCUGUGGUCAAUGUGGGAAGAGUUUUACUACAUCUAGCAAUCUGACUACACACCAGAGAACACACACAGGAGAGAAACCUUAUAGCUGUGAUCAAUGUGGGAAGAGUUUUGAUCAAUCUGGACAGCUGACAGUGUACCAGAGAAUACACACAGGAGAGAAGCCUUACAGCUGUGGUCAAUGUGGGAAGAGUUUUACUACAUCUGGUCAUCUGACUCUACACCAGAGAACACACACAGGAGAGAAACCUUACAGCUGUGAUCAAUGUGGGAAGAGUUUUGGUCAUUCUGGCACUCUGACUUUACACCAGAGAAUACACACAGGAGAGAAACCUUAUAGCUGUGGUCAAUGUGGGAAGAGUUUUACUCAGUCAACCAGCCUGAUAUCACACCAGAGAACACACACAGGAGAGAAACCUUAUAGCUGUGAUCAAUGUGGGAAGAGUUUUACUACAUCUAGCAAUCUGACUCUACACCAGAGAACACACACAGGAGAGAAACCUUAUAGCUGUGAUCAAUGUGGGAAGAGUUUUUGUCAAUCUAGGGAUCUGACAGUGCACCAGAGAACACACACAGGAGAGAAACCUUAUAGCUGUGGUCAAUGUGGGAAGAGUUUUACUACAUCUGGCUCUCUGACAUUACACCAGAGAACACACACAGGAGAGACACCUUAUAGUUGUGGUCAAUGUGGGAAGAGUUUUACUACAUCUAGCAAUCUGACUCUACACCAGAGAACACACACAGGAGAGACACCUUAUAGCUGUGGUCAAUGUGGGAAGAGUUUUACUCAGUCAACCAGCCUGAUAUCACACCAGAGAAUACACACAGGAGAGAAACCUUACAGCUGUGGUCAAUGUGGGAAGAGUUUUACUACAUCUGGCCAUCUGACUCUACACCAGAGAAUACACACAGGAGAGAAACCGUAUAGCUGUGGUCAAUGUGGGAAGAGUUUUGGUCGAUCUGGCCAGCUGACAUUACACCAGAGAAUACACACAGGAGAGAAACCUUACAGCUGUGGUCAAUGUGGGAAGAGUUUUACUACAUCUGGUCAUCUGACUAUACACCAGAGAAUACACACAGGAGAGAAGCCUUAUAUCUGUGAUCAAUGUGGGAUGAGUUUUACUUCAUCUAGCCAGCUGACUUUACACCAGAGAACACACACAGGAGAGAAACCUUAUAUCUGUGAUCAAUGUGGGAUGAGUUUUACUACAUCAAGCCAUCUGAUUCGACACCAGAGAACACACACAGGAGAGAAACCUUAUAGUUGUAAUCAUUGUGAGAAGAGUUUUCCUACUUCUGGCCAGCUGACUUCACACCAGAGAACACACACAGGAGAGAAACCUUAUAGCUGUGAUCAAUGUGGGAAGAGUUUUACUAGAUCUAGCUAUCUGACAGUGCACCAGAGAACACACUCAGGAGAGAAAUCGUAUAGCUGUGACCAGAGAUAAUCUGAUAAAAGAUCUCUGACUAAAUUUCAGAAAAUACAUGAAGGAGUUGUUUCAUGAUAUCAAUGAAAUGAUGUCACAAUGUAGAAUGUUUUAACAUUGUAGUAGGAGUGUUUUAAUGAUGUCACAAUGUAGAACCCUAAAUGUUUGUCCCCUGUUCUAUUGAUUUCAGCAUGAUAUGGAUAUUAGCCUCAGGGGGAAAAUCCAGGCUCUGAAUUGGAAGAGUACUAUUUAUAUGAUUUAACAAAAAGUGACUAACACAAAAAGAGCUGUGUUACACUUACCACGUUGGUGACCCACUUGAAUUAAAAUGCAACACUUCAAAAAUGAAAAUAAAAUCUAGGCUCUGAAAUGAAAGAGUACUAUUUAUGAGAUUUAGUAAGUACACAUUAUUCCCAGAUUCCGUGUGGUUUUGAGCUGUUAGUUUUAACAGGACGUGCAACCUCAUCUCCCUCCUGUCGCACAAAUGAUUUUAGCAUGAUAUCGAUGAGUUAUGACAAAUAAGUGUUGCGUUCCUUUGUUUAGCGACCCCUACAUUUAAAUGCAUUCCAACAUCACGUACAACCUGAUUUCCCCCCUAAUCGAUAUCAGUGAUUUAUUGCUAAUUGUCAAAACAACACUGUUUCUGGUGCUUGUGCAGUUUAUAAGGAGCUUGUUUAAAAAAAUACAAGAAUUAUGAUUAUUGUGGCAGUUUGUGUAAAUAGCACAUGUUAUGUUUAGGUUUUCAAUUUAUCCCAAACUGUUUCUGCAUAUUGGUUAUUGAUUUGGACACGUUAAAACUGUGUUUUGACAUUGAGGCUAUCCCACCUAGCACAAUGUAAUUGAAAAGACGUUGAAAAUAAGACUAUGCAAUCAACAACAAA